AUGCGCAAUAAUGUGCAUCCCACAUUUUGUGCGAAUCCACUGAACUCAGAGAACGAGAGAUCGAUCGCGAAUCACACAAUGGGCCAAGAACAGUCGUACACGCAUGCCGGCGUCACUCAAGUGAGGCGGUACAAGGAGAGGUACGACGAGCCGUUACAGUACCGAAGCUCUCCCGUCGGUUACCGAGCCAACGACUACGAAGAAAAAAACUACAAGAGGAGAGCAAGACGAAGUGCCGACAGCUUCAAAAGCGACAACUCUUCAACCGAAAGCAGCGGCUAUCGCAGCGGAUCCAGUGCGUACGAAUAUCGCUCAGAUAGAUCCUCUACAUGUGACUACUACUGCACCUCCCUGUAUAAAAACGAACACUACAGAGAAGUCAACAAGGAACUCUAUAAACCUGUUAAACUGCACAAAGAAAAACGUUACAACACUCUUCAGCAGUUCGACAAUGAUAAAGAGGAACUGAAGAGCGCGCGCCUUAAAAGUUAUCUUAGCGAAACAGAAAAAUCUUUAGCAACUCCUACAAAAAAGCCCGGUAUAAGAAAUUAUACGCCAAAAAUUCUUUCAGCGGAAGAUCAAAGAAAACGACAAAGUUGCAUAUAA